AUGGAAAAAUUCAGAAACAAUUUAAUCAUAUUUGGACUUUGCACUCUUACUUUUGUUAAUGCCUAUUACUAUGAAAAGAGAACUCUGAGUGACACUGUCUAGCUAACAAUGAACAGUCCUUCAAUAAAUUUUCAUCAAUAUUACUCAGAGUUUUCAGAGAUUCAGAACAUUAAUAAGAUCAUAAUCUCAUCAUACAAGUAGAAGGAAUCAGAUACCAGCUGUAAUUCAGCACCCAAGAAUUCCUACUGUCAAGAGUACAAUUUACAAUAAGUUCCUUUCGUGACACUAAAUUAAACAAUUAAAAACUGUAUGGAGGAUGCUUAUUUAUACAUUAUUCCAAAUGAAGCUACAAGCUAGGAUGAUUAAGCAGCCAUAAAAAUUCAUUUAAACUUGCUAUCAGAGGAUAAGUCUUGCAAUGGAUUUUUAAACAGUGACUAGUUGAUGUAGUGCACACCAUUCAAGGCAUCAGCUUGCCUCAACAUAAUUGAGUGCUCAAUGGCCUGUGGUGUUUUGGAAUGUUGGAGAGGUGAAGAGUUGUCACCUUUUACAGAGUUGACUAUUCCUAUUGAUUUAACAAAUGAUUAUGCUAAGAAUCUCUGCACAUUUUACAACAAUAUUCUGAAGUUCGAAAGUGCUUAGCCUACACUUAAGCCAUAUCAAACGUUUAUCCUAUCUAUUUUCCUAGUUUUAGUUAUGGUUAUCACACUUCUAGCAAUUUACUACAAUGUAUUUCUUGCUUAUAGAAAUAGACCUCCAUUCAGAGUAGUAAGGUUUUGCCCGCAUAUAUUAUUCCCAAGAGGAGAAAGAGGCUUAGGAAAACAUAAUGUAGAUCCAGACGGAGAUAAUAGUAGUUUUAUUGGUAGUAGAAACUACAAAUCCUUGGCAGGCAGUAGUAAAACCUUACCUAACUAAAAGAUUAAUUGA